AUGAUCAACUCUUCACCAUCAUCACAAACUGAUUCCGCAAAACGUCUUCGUUUAACAAUUCCACGAAAUAAUAAUAAUAAUAAUAAAACAGAUUUAUUAACUCAUUCAAAUACAAUAUUACCAGAGCAAAUUGAUGAAAAAAAUAAUCAUAUACAAAAAAAAUCUAUUGAUUGUAAUAAUUCAAUGACAACAAUGAAACAACAAUUAUCAGCAUCCAUUGACAAUGAAAAUGAUACAACUUUAUUAACAACUACUACAACUACAACUACUGUUGAAGUUAAAGUUAAAACAACUAAAACAUCAUCAUCAUCAUCAUCACGCAAACGUAAACUUAAUAUUGUUGAUGAUACGAUAAAUACGAAUAAUAAUAAUACUACUAAUAAUAAUAAUAAUAAUGACAAUAUUAACAAUCAACAACAACAACCAGCCAGUAAGAAAAAGAAAAAACAACGAUCAAUUAAUAAUGAAACAAAUACUAACGAUGAAUCUUCAACUAAUGAUAAUGAUAAUAAUCAUCAAAUACAACCAAAAACCGUUGAUCAAUCAUCUGUAACUGAUGAAUCCUCAUUUGGUUCAUGUGAACCAGGUACUAAUGUUGUUUUACAAGGAAUUGUUUGGAAUGAAACAGAUAAAGGUGUGCUCGUUGUUAAUAUCACCUGGCGAGGCAAAACUUAUGUUGGUGCAUUGCUUAAUACAACUGAACAAAAUUGGGCUCCACCUCGUUAUAAAUCUGAUGUUCGAACAACAAAACAUAAUCGUCAUAAUCAUCAUCAUAAUCAUAAUCGAGAUUAUUUAUUAACUGCAACAGCAUCAUCUUCACAAUCAGCUAUUCAUUUACAAUCAAAUUCAAAUUCUUCAACAAAUGAACCAGCUGAAAGAAUUUUACGUAAUGGUAAACGUCGAGGUACAUAUACAACAGUAACACCAAGUACAACAACAGCUACAACAAGAUCUAAUUCAUUUAAAAUUCCUGAAGCACCACCAUCGAAAAAUGAUGAAACAUCAACAACAGAAAAACUUAUUGAUACUGGUAGUGGUGCACCAUCAUCAUCAUCAACAAGUGUUAAUGAUGAAGAUGAUACAAAUUCUAUAUCAGAAGAAAAAACUUUAGUUAGAAAUGGUGUUGAUGAUGAAACAGGUGAUAAUUGUUCAAGUCGAAGUGUUAGUCCAACAACAAGCGGUGGAAGUACAACAUCAUCAAGUCCACCACCAUCAAUUCAAGAAAAACCUAUGACUUUACCACAAACAACAGAUACUAUCGAACAAUCAAUACCAUCUAUACCAAUUGAUUUAUCAAAUUCUCGAUCAACAAUGAAAAUCGAAGAUAAUUCAUCAUCCUAUAAUUCAAUUAUUCAAACACCAUCACCAUCAAUAACUCCAUCAUUUUUAUCUUCAUUCACAAACAAAACAUCGAAAUCAAAAACUAAAGAAACACUAUCAACACCACCUUCUCUAUUAUCACCACAUCCGUUUAAUAAUGGUUUGCUUUUUUCGCCGCCGGCUAAUCCAUCCAGUUAUUAUCCACCACCACCAUCUCCAUUUCUACAUGGACCACCGAAUUCAUUUGGUUUAUCACCAUUUCAUCCUCAUCAUCAUUCACCAACAUCAUCAUUACACAGUAAUACUAAUAAAAAUAAACUAUCACCAUCAUCGUCAUCUGCUAUUUCUCCUUCAUCUUAUCUCCCACUUCCUCCACAGCUUUAUUUUAAUCCAUUGACAGCACCCCGUUUUCCAUCUGCAUGUUCUUCUUCUCCAUCAUCUUCUUUGUCUAAAUCGUCACGCUAA